AUGGGUUGUCAAAAUUCAAAAGAGCCAAAGCAAACAUCGUCAUCAACUGAUGCAAGCAAAAAGAAGCUCCCUCAUUGUGCUUAAAAGUUCCCCUACAAAGUGAAUCUAGAAGAGGGUAAGACCUACUACUGGUGCAGCUGUGGCUUAUCUAAGAAUUAACCAUUCUGUGAUGGCUCACAUAAAGGAACAGAUUACGUACCAAAGGCUUUUUAAUACGACAAGCCUACUGGAGAGAGCUAUCUUUGCGGUUGCAAACACAAUAAAAAAGAGAGUGGUCCCUAUUGUGAUGGCACCCAUAAAAAUCUCGAAUGGUGA